UAUUGGUUUAGUGAAGACAAACAAAAAUGAGUUAAAAUUUUCCUCUCAUAGCAUUCUUUAGCUGGUCAACGAUACUCUUAUCAUCACCAUCUCCACCCAUUAAACUAGCCGUCUCACUCUGGCCGGCAGAAACAAUCACUUCUGUUACGACCGAUCAAAGUUGAAUUUUGCCGGGAGGAAAGGAAAAACAUGAAAAACUGCCAUGUUUUGCUUGUACCAUAUCCAGCACAAGGCCAUGUGAUUCCCCUAAUGGAACUUGCACUCCAUUUAGUAAAACAUGGCUUAAACGUCACAUUUGUCAAUACCGAGUUCAUUCAUGAACGAUUGAUCAAAGCAUUGCCAGAGUCGGACAAUAUACAAGAACUUGUACAGAUGGUUACAAUCCCUGAUGGGUUAGAAUCCUCUGACCACAGAAAUGAUGUCGGUAAAGUGGCAGAAUCCAUCUUUACUGUCAUGCCGGGUGAGCUGAAGGAUCUUAUUGAAGGGAUUAACGACUCCGAAAGUAAUAAAAUAAGCUGUUUAAUUGCCGACGCCCACAUCGGUGAGGCUUUGGAGGUUGCAGAGAAAAUGGGAAUCAAGAGAGCAGCUUUCUGGCCGGCCGCAGCCACAGUAUUAGCCCUGAUCGUAAAAAUUCCGAGCCUUAUUGACGACGGGAUCAUAAACAGUGAUGGAAUACCAAUGAAAAAUCAGGUAAUUCAGUUUUCUCCAGCUAUGCCCGGCAUAAAAACUGAUGAUUUGAACUGGACCUGUAUUAGCGAUGAUCUGACAGUGAAAUUCAUCUUCAAAAUCAUGGUACAAAUUUCAAAAUCAGUGAAAUCAGCAGAUAGGAUAGUGUGCAACUCAUCUACUUGGUUGGAGUCUGGGACAUUUGCCUCAUUUCCAGACUUUAUACCCAUAGGCCCUCUUCUGGCAAGCAAUCGGCUCGGAGAAUCCGUAGGAAACUUUUGGAGAGAAGACUUAGGUUGCCUUAGAUGGCUUGAUCAACAACCACAUAACUCUGUCAUUUAUGUUGCAUUUGGGAGUUUCACAAUAUUUUAUCAGAAUCAGUUCCAAGAACUGGCUCUUGGACUUGAAAUGACUAACCGGCCAUUCUUGUGGGUUGUGCGGCAAAACUUAACUGAAGAUUUGGACAAUGCAUAUCCAACAGGUUUCAAAGAAAGAGUGCGCCAUCAAGGGCAGAUGGUGAGUUGGGCACCGCAACAAAAACUACUAUCUCAUCCUUCUAUUGCCUGUUUCAUCAGCCAUUGUGGAUGGAAUUCUACCGUUGAAGGGAUAAGUAACGGAAUCCCUUUCCUGUGCUGGCCCUUUUUCCUCGAUCAAGUUUUUAAUCAGAGUUACAUUUGUGAUUAUUUGAAGAUUGGGUUAAAAUUGAAUAAAGAUGAAAGUGGAAUCAUCAGACAUGAAGAAAUUAAUAACAAGUUGGAACAAGUUUUUGGUGAAGAAGGAUUUAAAGAAAGGGCUUUGGAUCUUCAAACAAAGAUCUUGAAUGAUAUUAGACGAGGAGGGAGUUCUUAUAAGAAAUUUAAUGAUUUUGUAGCAUGGAUUAAUGAUUAAAAUGUUGUUUAUUUUGCUUCUAUUGCUCACUACAUGGAAACAUGUUGAGUAAGGGAAUUCGAGAACCAAUAUUUAGUCAGUCAGUGAACUUCGUUUUGCAUAAUUCAGAUAUUUAAUUUAUCCUUCCGUUUAAAUCAA